AUGGUUGAGACUGCACCCUCUCUCGCUCUGGAUGAACCAUGGAGAACAGUUUCUUGGGGAAAUAACCAGGAAGCGCUACAGUAUGUGCAGGAAUACAAGCCUGAAGACAACAGCGUCAAACACCUCCGAGUUCUUCUGUACGGGCCCGUUGGAUCUGGAAAGUCCAGUUUCAUCAGCUCUGUCAGCAGUGUCCUGCGAGGCAGAAUUGCGAUUCCUGCUGCAGCCAGUGCAAUGACUUCUGACAGAAGUUUCACUACAAGGUAUCAAACUCAUAAAAUAAAAGAAGGAAGAGGAAACUCAGCUACAGUUUACCCUGUGGUCUUCAAUGAUGUCAUGGGUCUGGAGGAGGGGACUGACUCUGGUGUUCAUCCUGAUGACAUCAAACUGGCCAUGGAGGGACACGUGAAGGAGGGUCACUUGUUCAACCCAGUGGCUCCACUGUCAGAAAAACAUCCCGAAUACAACCCGACCCCCUCGGCAGAAGAUAAAGUUCAUGUUCUGGUCUGUGUGCUUUCUGCCAAUGCGUCAGAAAUUAAGGACUCAGUUCUGAAGAAGAUGUACAGAGUCAGACAGAUGGCCAGUGACCUUGGGAUUCCUCAUGUGAUGAUAGUUACCAAAAUUGAUGAGGCUUGUCCUGAAACUGAAAAGGACCUGAAGAAUGUGUAUAAGAGCAAAUACCUGAAGAAGAAGAUGGAAGAGUACAGCUCAGAGGUGGGAAUCCCAGUAAACUGCAUCUUUCCCGUGAAGAACUACCACAGUGAAAUCAACUUGAAGCUGGAUGUUGACACACUGAUUCUGAGCGCGCUCAAAUACAUUAUUGACUUUGGAGAUGAUUUCAUUGAGAAACUGUAA